GGUGAAACACAAGCAGGAGCUCAUUUUAAGAGAUUACACCCAAGUCACCAAAGCAGUGCUACACCAUGAGAGAGCCGAACUGUGGUUUCUAUACUGUUGGAAGAUGGCAAUGAUGGCAGUUUGGACUGCAUUGCUAAUAGUCUCCAUAGGAAUUGCAAAGAGCUCUGCAGGAACUAGGUUAAAUGGUCAAGUUCCACUGGAUUUGGCUUCAAACGCUGUUGAUGACAUGUACACUGGUUGCAAAGACAAGAUGGCGUACAGAGUAAAGAAGGAGUACCUGAUUAAUGAGAAAAACAAAGACAAAAAUUUCACUUUGGCCUGGACCGAAGCAGAAAAAUACUUCAACAAAAAAUGGAAGGGUAAGGGAAAGCGACCUUCCACCUCCCUGGGGAAAGAACAGAUAAUGGCUAUUUAUGUUUAUACCCUCGACAAGCCAAACCUCUACCUUGAUUUUAAUGAUGCAGUUCGAACACAGAAAUCUAAGUACAAGACUACAUUUAGAUAUCACACCCUUCACUUUUUCCUGACUGACGCCCUCCAAACUCUCAACGCUCGCAAACCUAAAGGGGAAAGAUGUCUCACUGGCUACCGCAGAGUCAACACCUACUUUAGUCAAGAUGUUCUCAACAAGGAGAUUCGCUUUGGCUCCUUCACCUCCAGCUCCAUGGGUUGGUACACCAGCGCUGAGCGAUUUGGGGACAAGUCAUGCUUUGAGAUUAUCACAUGCUCCGGAGCAGACGUCUCUCUCUUCUCUAAACUCGGGGAGUCUGAGAGGGAAGCCCUCAUUCCUCCUUAUGAGGUCUUUAAAGUCACAAAGAUUGAGAGGAGAUCUGUCCAGAAGAGUCUUCCAUGUCAGGUUGUUUAUAAACUGAAAAGUGUACGAAAAAAUAUUUCAAAUUUGAACUGUGCUCUUUUUGGAAAUAAGCAGUCUCACCCAUUUUAACAUAAUGUGACGUUAACAAAACCGCAAAAUAACAUAUUGAUUUGACUUUUUUUUUUUUCAAAAUGUAUUUGCAAUAUGAUUUAAAUAAAGGCAUGAUGUCAUGACUAGUCUCUUAAUAUACACAAGGACUGUGCCAGUAUAUUUACAUUUGAAUGAUUACAACUAUAAUGGUCAAAUAAGUGCAGAACUUAUUUAGAUCUCUAACUGUGUUGAUGUAGUAUUCUCCAUGUCAUCUGCACUAAGAUAACUCUAAUGCAUCAAAGAAAAACAAAUGUAAUAAAAUUCCAUUGUUUCACAAAUUGUGCCUU